AUGGCGCCCUCGAGAAUCUCGCCAGACCCGCCGUCAUCAGAAACACCCGUCGUGGGCCUCACGCCCAAACAGGUCGCCUCGUUCCAGCGCGAUGGCUACCUCAUAAUCCCGUCAUACCUGUCACGCGAGACGUGUCAGAACCUCCUCUCCAAGACGCACCAACUGCUGAGCGAGUUCCCGCUCGAGGACCACCCGAUGACGAGGUUCACAACGGGGACGGACGACGCGGGCAAGCCAACGGACAAGAAGCACGUGGGGGACGACUACUUCCUGACGUCGGGGGACAAGGUGCGGUUCUUCUUCGAGGAGGACGCGUUCGACGCGGCGACGGGGACGCUGAACAAGCCCAAGGAGAAGGCCAUCAACAAGAUCGGACACAACCUGCACGGGCUGGUGGCCGAGUUUGGCGCCGUGUCGCACGCCGGCGAGGUCGGCCGCCGCAACGCCGCGAUCGCCCGCGACCUAGGCUACCGCGACCCGCGCCUCCUGCAGAGCAUGGUCAUCUGCAAGCAGCCCGAGAUCGGGGGCGCCGUCCCGCCGCACCAGGACAGCACGUUCCUGUACACGCACCGGCCGUCGGCCGUGGGGUUCUGGAUCGCCCUCGAGGACGCCCGCGCAGAGAACGGGUGCCUGAGCUUCGCGCCGGGCAGCCACCGACGCGCGCCCAUCCGCGACCGCUUCGUGCGCAGGGAAGUCGACGGGUCCGCGGGGACGACGUUUGAGAGUGUGUCCGACGAGGACGGACAAUGGCCGCGGGACUUUGAGCACGAGACUCCCUCUGACAAAGAAGAGGAAUAUGUCCUGGGCGAGGUCGAGGCCGGUAGUCUGGUGCUCAUCCACGGCAACAUCCUGCACAAGAGCGAGAAGAACACGAGUCAAAAGGGACGCAUCAUCUACACGUUCCACCUGAUCGAGGGCGAGGAGCGCUACGAUGACAAGAACUGGCUGCAAGUCCCUGGCGGGCCUGGGGCGUUCACGAAGCUGGACGGGAAGUCAUAA